CGCGGUGCGCGGCGCGGCGCGGCGCGGCGCACUUGCAGCUCUCGGCGCCGCUCGCGUCAUCGCCGUCGGUGUGCCUAUCGACUAUCCGCUAUCCGCGCUUGCCCGUGAUUGUCGAGGAGCAGCGUAAUUUUCCCAGUUUGACGCACCGCCGCUGUGUGUACGACGAUGGAGGUGCAGCGGCUGUGCAAAGCAACCCCCGCUAUUGGCGAUGCCUCGAAGAAUCAAACUCCACCAACGCUUCUUUCAAGUUUAAGGAGUGUACUUUUCGUUAUUGGAACUGUGGUAGUCGGAUUCGCCGCUUUUUGCAAUUCUCUGACAUGGCAUUUACAAAGAUUCUGGGGUGCAUCCGGAGACUUCUGGCAAGCUCAAUGGGACAAAAUUUUGGAUAAAUUUGGAGAUGAUCCUGUUACGCUAUGGGUUUACGGAUCCUUAAUAUUAACGAUCGCGGUUUACUGGAUCGUCGGUGGAAUUUACAUUAUCCUAGAUAUCACCAACCGGCCAGCGGUGCUGCGCAGAUACAAAAUACAGCCCGGUACAAACGAGCCAGUGGACAAAAGGGAGUUAUGCAAAGUGAUCGCUCAAGUACUGUUCAAUCAGAUCGUCGUCGGCUUACCUAUUAUGUAUCUCGGCUAUUACUUCAUGGAAUGGCGCGGUUACCCCCCGGUGCGCGAGCUACCAACGUUCCACUGGGUGCUCGCCGAGAUCGCGAUUCAUAUACUAUGCGAGGAGAUUGGCUUUUAUUACUCGCACAGAUUUCUUCAUAAGCGUUCCCUAUACAAAUACAUACAUAAACAGCAUCAUGAAUGGACUGCUCCCAUAGCUGUGACUGCUUUGUAUUGUCAUCCCUUGGAAAAUAUUGGAUCGAAUCUACUUCCACCCUUCUUGGGUGUAUUCAUCAUGGGCUCCCAUGUAGCCACCGCUUGGAUUUGGUUCUCACUUGCGAUUCUUUCGACGUUGAAUGCACAUUCCGGAUAUCAUUUACCGUUUUUCCCAUCGCCGGAGGCACAUGAUUUCCAUCAUUUGAAGUUUAACCAAUGCUAUGGUGUGCUUGGCGUUUUAGACCGCAUCCACGGUACCGAUACACAAUUCCGCAAUUCGCGGAAUUACACACGACACAUAAUGAUGCUUAGUCUUAUACCGCCCAGGGAAGCUUUCCCAGAUGAGGCAAAGUACAAGUCAAAGUAAAGGGACCCUUCGAUAAUUCUAUAUGAAAGUUCUCUAAUCUCCGAAGAAAAAAUCUAUUCGCGUUGAAUGCAGCAAUGACCGAGUCGAAAACAAUAGAUAAAUAAUAAAUAUAAUCAAUUUUAUCUGGCUGAUAUUGAUAAGCUUUCUAAAAAAAAAUUGAAUUAAUUUAAAGAAAUGCGUUUUCGAUCGAUCCUUUUAUAGUCAGUCUCAAAUAUCUAUUUUCGAGAAUUCAUUCAAACACAGUUUACUUUUAUUCAUAUUCCUAUGAAGAAUAUUUUAUGAAGAAAAGAUCUCCUUAAUAUUAGACAAAUAUUGGUAUUAGAGAGAUAUCUUUUUCGAAUCAAUUUUUCUUAACGCUUUAUUUAUUUCUGUGUCAAAGUCUGAAAUUUUAUAUCUUUUUGGAAACUAAUUCAAUGUAUCAUGUAGCGCAAUAUUUUAACUUACUGGUUAGAGAAUUCUCGUGAAAGAAACUCAGCUAUUCGCUCAUUGAUCUAGUGAUGAUUGCUCUAGUAAUGAUUGUGUACAUACAAAUGCCAUUCAAGGUUGGACUGAAUAGAAAAAAAUAGUAAAAAGUUUCCGGAGGUUUAAGGCAUGAAAAUUGAAUUUAUACUUUAAAACUAUUAAUAAGAUAAUAAAAUUAUUAAUAAAAUCAAAAUUGAUUCGAUUUUACUUGAUUUUGGGAGCAACAAAAUAGAUUUUCUAUUAGCUAAAUGUUCGUUUAUAUUAAAUUAUUUGUUUUUAGAAAGCUCUUUAGUAAAGCUUUCAAUUUUCAGAUUUAUCUAGAUAACAAACGCAUGUUCAAAACUGUGACGUAGAAUGUCGUAAUAUGUCAUUAAAAUAUUAAAGAUAUCUAAGAAAAUGAUGUCUUAAUGAUCUUUAAGAUAUAUAAGAAAUGAUGUCUUAAUGAUCUUCAAGACGUCUUCGAUUUUUAACAUGAGUGCUCUCUGAGUAUACAUAUAUUAGAUUGAUUCAUAAAUAAGUUUCGUUGCAUGUAAUAAUUUAUUUU